AUGGCUUCAACUAGUAAUCGUGAGGAAGAGUUAUGGUUAGGUGCAAGCUCUAGUGGUUAUAAAGCCAAAGGUAGGUUAGCACCCCCAUCAGCGAAUUUGCAGGAGGUUGAAGAGGAUAGGCAUGAAAUCUCACGUUCAAUGCCUUCUACCCACAAUGAAGAUCUCCCGGAACAUUCCAAUGUGGUUCGUCCUCGAAAAACCAAUCGUGAUUCUAUGUGCAAAAGGUGCAGAGAAUGGAUCAGGAGUCUGUUUAACAUUGCCUUUCUUUUAGGGAAAAUUUGUGUUGCCAUGUCAGGACUACUGCUUGUUCUCAUAGUGACAGGAAUGUUAAACAGAGUCCUGCCAGAGAAAGAUCAGAGAGAUGCAUGGGUUGAGGUGAAUAAUCAAAUCCUAAAUGCUCUCUUUACUCUAAUGAGUUUGUAUCAACACCCACAGAGGCUCCACUACCUAAUACUUUUGUGUAGGUGGAAGCCCAAGGACAUCUCCAGAUUGAGAAAAGAAUACUGUAAGAAUGGCACCCAGAAACCCCAUGAAUGGGGCCACAUGAUGGUUGUUGUUCUUCUUCUCAAUUUGAAUUGCAUUGCUCAAUACGUCCUAUGUGGCCUUAAUUUGGGAUUCAAUAGACACAACCGUCCUACUGUUGUAGUCAGUAUCUGCAUGGCUUUUGCAGUGGGUUCUGGGACAAUUGCUGGUUUGUACUCCAAUUUUAGCCCUCUCCGGUCCACUAUGUUUAGUAAAUUUCAUUUGAUAGAAGAAAGGAGCAAACAGGAUGGAAAAUCCAUUUGA